CAGUUAUCAUUCGGGAUCAUGUCGCCAACUCCAAAAAGACCCUGCUCCAGUCCUCUGGACGACAGCUUCGAAAAGCGAAUAAAGCGCAUUUCUAUCGAGGGAAAUAUCGCGGCAGGCAAAUCCACGUUCGUGCGUAUUCUGGAGGAGCAGAAUAAGGACUGGGAGGUGGUUCCGGAGCCCAUUGCCAGAUGGUGCAAUGUGCAGACUCAACACGGUGAAUUUGAGGAGCUGACCACUUCUCAGAAGAGCGGUGGGAACGUCCUCCAGAUGAUGUACGAGAAGCCAGAGAGGUGGGCCUACACCUUCCAGAGCUACGCCUGCAUGAGCCGAGUACGCGCCCAGAUCAAGGCCACCAACGGGAAGCUGCGAGAGGCUGAGGACCCCGUGCAGUUCUUCGAGAGAUCCGUCUACAGCGACAGGUACAUAUUUGCAGCAAACCUGUAUGAGAGCGAGUGCCUGAAUGACACGGAGUGGGCGAUUUACCAGGACUGGCACGGGUGGCUGCACAGACAGUUCGGGAAGCACAUCGAGCUGGACGGGAUCAUCUACCUGCGAGCACGUCCUGAGAGGUGCCUGGAGAGGCUGCACCUGAGGGGGAGAGAGGAGGAGCAGGGCAUCCCGCUGGAGUAUUUGGAGAAGCUCCACUUGAAACACGAAAGCUGGCUCCAGCACAAAACCAUGCGCAUGGAGUUUGAGUACUUGAAUGAUGUGCCAAUUUUAACACUGGAAGUAAAUGAAGAUUUCAAAGGGGACAAAGUGAAAUGUGCAGACAUGAUUGAAAAGGUUAAAGAAUUCCUGAGCUCUUUAUAGGUGCCAUUGGCCUGCUGGAAAAAAGUCCUUUCGUCA